AUGGAUGUUCUUGAUCGAAAGGAACUGGGACGUCCGUUAGCCGCGUACAUUCGCGAGUUGGCUGAUCCCAACACUCCACGCCGAUACAGUGGAUGGAAGAGUAGUGAUCAGUUACCUGUGAUCCUCAGGAACAAACGGGGAAAGGAUGGGAAGCUGACCGAGGCUGAGUUGCACACGCUGAUGGACUUUGGACCCACAGUCCGCAAAGACUAUCCCAGAUACUUCCGGGGAGAAGGCAUUCUGAAAUGGAAACAACAUGAACACCUGGACUACAUCCAGGAUGAUAAGUUCACCCGGCCCUACUAUACUCAUCGCAACAUCCGCUCAUUCGUUAGAAAAGUAUAG